AUGACAAUCCAAAUCCUAGACGGAGGUCUUGGAACCUCACUCCAAGAUAAAUACGGAGUGAAAUUCGACAGCAAGACAACCCCACUCUGGUCUUCGGACCUGUUAGUCACAGACCCAGUGACGUUAGAAGCAUGCCAAAAAGACUUCAUCGACUCAGGUGCCGACGUACUGUUAACAGCGACGUACCAAGUCUCACCUGAAGGAUUCCAGCGCACAAAGACAGCUGCGCACCCGGAUGGAAUCCCAGUUUCCGCUAUCAGCAACUAUAUCCAAACAGCUGUGGAUGUAGCUGAGCGGGCUACUGCGGAACGCAAUGCGAAAAUCGCUCUGAGUCUUGGACCCUACGGUGCUUGUAUGGUCCCGGGUCAAGAGUACAGCGGUGCGUAUGAUGAUGCGCAUGAUACUGAAGAGACGCUGUACCAGUGGCAUCUUGAGCGUUUGCGACUUGUUCUUAGUGCGGAGGGGGAUUUGAUUUCUCGACUUAAGUAUAUUGCGUUUGAGACUUUGCCUCGACUGGAUGAGGUGCGCGCUGUGAGGAGAGCGAUUAAGGAUGCUGGGAUUGAGUCUGUGCCGUUUUGGAUUGCUUGUGUUUUCCCCAGAGAGGAUGAGUGCUUACCGGAUGGCAGCUCUGUUGAGCAGGUUGUUGAUGCUGCUAUUUUGCCUAUGGAGGGUGGACUCUCACCUUGGGGCAUUGGGAUGAAUUGUACUAAGGUUCAUAAGCUAUCUGGUCUUGUGGAUAGUUUUGGGGCCUGUGUUGAGAAAGUAAUGGCUUCUGGGAAGGUUCAGACUGUGCCGAGUCUGAUUUUGUACCCUGAUGGUACUAAUGGAGAGGUUUACAACACAACUACUCAGACCUGGGAAAAGCCCGCUGGUACUGCUGAUCAAAGCGAUACUCGCCCGUGGGAAACCCAACUUGCGCAGGUGGUCAAAGAUGCCCGUUCAAAGGGGCCUUUCAACUCCUUUCUCGUGGGUGGCUGUUGUAAGGCCACCCAUAAUGAUAUCGGAAAGCUCCGAGAUCAGUUUUAG